AUGUCGCUGGCGGAGCAGGUCUUUGGCGUGCCAGAGCUCGCGGAGCUCAUCUUGCUAUGCGCAAGCACGGCGGACAUCGUCAGGUUACAACAAGUCAAUAAAACGAUAUACAACACAAUCAGAACGUCCAGGGCCCUUCGAAGGAAGCUGUACCUCGAACCAGACAGCUCAUGCGAACAAACUGCGAACCCUUUGGCGCCAGACUUCUUCCAGCGCUUGCCCGGCAUGCGUAAAGGGACGAUUACGGUGCGCGUUGACGUUGAAAAGCUAUGGGCCAGCACUUUGAAUGGGGUCGCUCAAUCCUGGCAGGACAUGUUCGUGUCUCAGCCACCGGCAACAAUUUCUCUUAUCGCUACUGGCGAUGCUUCGACAUCAUACUGCAGACGUAUCUAUCCUGAUGGCAUGAAAUACGGAGAUGUUGCUACAGCGAUUAUCGCUGCUCAUCAACUUCGGAAAGGUUCACAAUCGCGUCCCGAGAGGUUAUCGCAUUUGACCAAACACAAUAACCCCGUGCUGAUUUACUGGCGCUGA